GUCGCGUCUCGGCUGGUCCUUCCUCGGGGAGGGUGUGGAGUUUGGGGUUUGGUUAGGGGAGGGCUCGUGGUGCGCGCGCGGGCUCCUGUCUGGGCACGCGCACGCUCUGUUCCGGGCUUGUGUCUGUCUGUCUGUGUGUGCAUGUGUGUGUGUGUGCAUGCAUGUGUGAGUGUGCACUCUGUGUGUUGGUGCACGCGCCCGCGCGCAGGAAGCUCGAGACUGGAGCUUGGAACCUGCUGUCUCUGGGCUGUCCCUGGCCCGGGAACCCCGGCCCUGUCAGGUCCCCGGCCCUGACACCCGGCCGACCAGCCCGAGGAGGAGGAAGAGAAAGAGGAGAUGCCGGGGCCCAUCCAGCCCGCCCGUGGCUGAAUAGGUGCCCACGCCGCGGGGCUUGCGGGAGCGAUGGGAAUGAGUCGGGGCAGGCUCUGGGCGACCAGCCGCUGCCUCCCGCGCCCGCCCGCCCCCGCCGGACGUGGGCAGCCCCCGGCCUCGGUCAGCGCUCCACGGACAGUGAGGCCCGCGGCUCAGCUCUUAGCAGCCGGCCCCUGAGGGGUCCUCUGCUCCGGCCUCCGGCCCCCGCCCCAGGCCCGCGAUGUUCGCAGGGGAGUGAGAGGGCUGCUGAGUGACUCCAUGGCUCGGGCCCGGGGCGCCCACUGAGCCCGGGCCGCCCCUACCCCAGCCCAGCCCUUCGCCCGCUGCCGCCAAGAUGGUGAUGUCCCAGGGCACCUACACCUUCCUCACCUGCUUCGCCGGCUUCUGGCUCAUCUGGGGCCUCGUGGUCCUGCUCUGCUGCUUCUGUAGCUUCCUCCGCCGCCGCCUCAAGCGGCGCCACGAGGAGCGGCUGCGAGAGCAGAACCUGCGCGCCCUGGAGCUCGAACCCCUGGAGCCACUGGAGCCCUUGGAGUUGGAGGGCAGCCUGGCCGGGAGCCCCCCCGGACUAGGGCUGGGCCUGGCCCCAGGACUGGCCCCGCAGGCCCGAGCCCGCCUGGAGGCCCCCGGCCAUACCCACGCCCUGCACCACUCGGCCCCACCACAGCAUCAGCCCCACCCAGCCCACCAUCACCCGCACCCGCCCCACUCGCAUCCGCACUCUCAUCCGCACCCGCCUCAUGUCCUGGUGCCACCCCGGCCCUGGAGCUACCCGCGCCAAGCCGAAUCGGACCUCUCCAAGCCCCCGUGCUACGAGGAGGCGGUGCUGAUGGCUGAGCCUCCGCCGCCCUACAGCGAGGUGCUCACUGACACGCGCGGCCUCUACCGCAAGAUCGUGACACCCUUCCUGAGCCGCGACAGCUCCGAGAAGCAGGAGCAGCCGCCCAACUACAAGCCGCUCUUUCUGGACCGGGGCUACUCGUCGGCGCUGCACCUGCCCAGCGCCCCGCGGCCGGGCCAGCCCUGCCCCGCCCUCUACCUGCAGGCCGAACGCUCCCGCCGCGUCUUCCCCAGCUGGACCGACUCGGAGCUGAGCAACCGCGACCCACUGGAGCACGGAGCCUGGCGCCUGCCCGUCUCCAUCCCCUUGUUCGGGAGGACUACAGCCGUAUAGAGGGGGUGGCCCGAGCCUCUGCCCCCUGGCCCCACCCCGGGGGCUAAGCGCCCGGACCGGAGCCAGCGCUGCCCCACUCCCUGCCCUGCCCCGCGUCUUCCUCCCUUUCUCCCUCCCCGAGGGCAGGCCGUUCAGACUCCUUUCUUAGGCCUCGGGGGUUUUUAAAACGCUUCCCUGGGACUCGGGGCUAUUUCUUACCCUGUUUGUUACAUUUUGAGGAUAAUAAAGGUGUGUGAUCGGCUUUGGUACAACGGGAGGGAGAGCCUGCUGCUUGCACCCAGGGGUGGGGGAUAAAGGGGAAAAGGGGCGUCCCCGACCCCUACCCCAGGCAUCCCUCCAACUAUGUUUGAUCCCCUCGCCUGUAGCCUAAUUUCUGCCAGCUCCACCUUCAGAGACCUCUCUGCAAGCUAAAGUGAGAGUAGUAGAAAACCUGUAUCCGAAAUCCCAAGACCCGAGUUCUGCCACUAGCUACCUGUAAGACCCAGGGAAAGUCUCUUCUCUCUGGGGCUCAGCUUCCUCUUCUUUAAGACUGGGGGGGGAGGGUCUAGAUCAUAGAAAUGAGAGCUGGAAAAGAACCCUAGGAUUAGUCUGUUUUAAACCUUGUUUUACAACCGCAAAAUAUUGUCUUUCCCUCUUUAGGGGAACCGAGGCCCAGAUUAGAUAAGUGGCUGCCCAAGGUCACAUAGCUAGCUAGUAAGUAGAGGAGCCAGAAUUUGAACUCCUCAGUCUGUGGUUCAAAUUUUAGGGCUCUUUGCAACACACCACACUGGUUUAUUGCCUCUGAACACCAAGGAAUGAAAUUCGGAAACAUGGAGUGUGGACCCAGUCCUGGCAAACCAGGCUUUCCCUGGAGGCACAGAUAUUUGGGCAGAAUUCUCCUUCAGAUGCUUUCUGAAGUCUUCUACCUCUAAAUCCUAUGAGAAAAAUAUCACCACUGCCUUGGAUAUGCCAAACUUAAGGACUGGCAGUGGUCAAGUUAACUGCAGCCUUAUUUUAG